CGGGGCAACGGUUAUGUGGCUAGUUGCAGUGCGGUGGAAGUCUCAUAUAUGUUCGAUACAAUACUAACGUUGUGUGAUCACAAGUUUGUGUUGCUCUAGGUCCGACAGCCGCUAUUAAAUACUUUCUCGCAUGUCGCCAAAUCACUUCAAGUCUCUUGAUAGACCAUCGCACUUGCGUUUGAAUCGUUGUAGCGAACGCACGCGGUUUUCUCUCUGUAACAAAAAGAAAAAUCGUUUAUAAAAGUUGUUGGUACGCUUCAAAUGACACACUGAAAAUAAAAUCAAAACUAGUUGAAGUUCAUUUUUGAACGAGAAAAUAGAAACAAAUUAUAGAGAAGUUCAUUUGAUCAAAUUAAAUUUGUGCGCCGAGAAAAAUUGCUGUGUUCUGUUCAGUCGUUUAAAAACGAAAUUAGACGCGAGUUUAAAUCAAAAAAGUAAAAAAAAAAAAACUAACAUGGUUGUCAGUGAUAAUCCGGAGUAUGAACAUUUCAAACAUGUUCCAGCGAUCCAAAGCUGGAUCAAAACGCAACCACAUUUGCCGCAAAAUAUACAUCCAAUUUUGAUACAGCGGUUCAUUCAUUCGGUGUAUGGUAAUGUGGAAAAGACGAAGAAACUAAUUGAAAAUAGUUUCAACAUGCGCAACAAUUACGCUCAUAUAUUCUUGAAGCGCGAUCCGAAUUCCAUUGAAUCAAAGCAAGUUUUUGAAGUUACGGACAUGAUACCGCUGCCGUAUGCAACGCGAGAAAAUUUUAAGAUCAUGUUUUAUCGGCUUUGUGACACAGACGUCGAAAAGUUUAACUUCACCGAAGCGAUUAGGAUGUUCUUCAUGGUGGCCGAUGUUCGUUUGGUCUGUAUGGAUGCUGAUGAGCCAAACAGUGGUUGGAAUGGAGAAAUACCCGUGUUCGAUAUGGCCGGAUUCAGUUUGAGACAUGUUACCUGCGUUGUUUUGUCGGUAUUACGUAUUUACAUGAAAUACACACAAGAAUCGCAUCCAGUGCGUUUGCGCCAAAUUCAUGUGAUCAACUGUUCGCCGUAUUUGGAUCGUAUCAUGGCGAUUAUACGGCCUUUUAUGCGCAAAGAAGUCUCUAAAUUGCUCCAUUUCCACAAACCGGAUUCAGACACAUUGUACAAAUUCAUUCCAAAAGAUUUGUUGCCAGCUGAAUACGGCGGAAAGUCCGGCGAAGUGAAAGAAAUCAAGAGCCGUUUCGUGAAAUUGUUCGAUUCAUAUAGAGAUUAUUUGUUGGACGAAAGCAGAUGGAAGUUGAACAGUGUGAACAGUCGCAGCUGCGCCAGCGUUAAUGCCGACCAAGAAGUUUCCGGCAACUUCCGAACGCUUUGCAUCGAUUAGACGGAGAAAUGAAUGAUAAUUUGAUAAUAAUUUUGGUGUUAACAUUUUUUAAAUUUAAGUUUUAAGUUUUAAUUUCGUCUAUACACUGAAUCUGUUGCAAUUGUCUGCACCAAUUUUUUUCCACCUACGAAAUUGAGUGAAUUUUUGAAUUGGUUUUUUUUCCAAAUAAAUUCGAACAUUAUUUCUCAAUUGAAGUUUACUAGUGAGCCUUUAGCGGUUGUUUAAUUGCACAAUUUUUCUUGGAUUUUUCGUCUUCUUUAUUGGCUUUGAUAGCCAAAAAGAAAUUAAUGCGAACAUUUCUUCGACAAUAUUGUAAUUGUGCGGUGCUAGUAGAAAUUACUGUUUUCGAUUUUAUUGAAUGACUUCACACAAAAUAUCAAAGAAUUUAAUUUUAUUUUAUUGCAAUCAUAAUAAUAAUUCGAAAGGAAUUGAUUUAAGAUGAUAAAAAUGGUAAAAUAAACGGAGUGGUUUGAAUUUGAAAAAAAAAAAA